UACACAGACACAGACGGGCAGAAACUACACACAAAGAUGGCAAUGCAAAAUGGAUGCUUGGACAUCAAUGCCGAGCUGGAGAGUUACUACCUGCCAAUUGUAUAUGGAAUACAGUUUGUUCUGGGACUUAUAGGCAACCUUAUUGUCAUAUGUUCUUAUCUCUUCUGUCUGAAAGAGUGGAAGUGCUGCAACAUCUACCUUUUCAAUCUGUCCAUUUCUGACCUGAUAUUCACUUGCACCCUUCCUCUGUUGAUAUGCUAUUAUGGUAGUGGCAACAACUGGGAUUACAGCAUCUCCAGCUGUCAAGCAAAUAAAUACAUUCUCCACUUUAACAUAUAUGCAAGCAUUCUGUUCCUCACUUUCAUCAGCUGGGAUAGGUACCAAUUAGUGAAAAAUCCCUUGAAGGUUCACUUCAUACAGAAAAAGGUGAAUGCCAUUGUCAUUUGCUUAGGCAUCUGGGUAUUUGUUACACUGGAAUUAAUUCCCAUUAACACCUUUUUUAGUAACAACAAUUACAACAGCUCAGACAAUAGGAGCUUUGUUUGCACUGACUUUGCCAGUUCCGGAGAUGCCUCGUUGAAUCUGGUUUACAGUAUGUACCUGACGAUUGCCGGGUUCCUCAUACCACUGAGCAUCAUGCUUUACAUGUACAUCGAAAUCUCACGCAGCUUGAAGAAAAUGAAGCAAGAACGAAGCAAGAUCCAGCUGAAGAGACCGCUCAGGAUGGUCAUCUUGGCCAUCAGUAUCUUUACCGUGCUCUUUACCCCUUACCACAUCAUGCGCAAUGUCCGUGUCAUAUCCCGACUACAAAGUGUGACUAUGUCCCAGUGUGGCAAAUCUGUUGUGAAGGCCAUUUACACCAUCACCAGGCCUGUGGCUUUCCUCAGCUCAGUUACAAAUCCGGUUUUCUACUUUAUGAUGGGUGACAAAUUUAGGGAGAGAAUCACAGGCAAACUACAAAUAUUCUUCUCAAGAAAACCUGGGGUCUCAAAUAAGAAAGAAAAUAGCAUUGAUCAACCCUCUAGGUUUACGAAAAGCUCAGGUGAAUUAACUCAGUAA